AUGGGCGAUACGUUUGCGGAGUUGCCAGAGUUCUUCGAGACAGAGCUCGCAGAGAGUAUCCGGUCGCGUACAGAAACGCUUUCGUCGUUCCGUGAGUUAGGACCACCCGAUCUGUGCCAUGUGCUCAAGUCUAACGGACGCAAAGACGUGGGAACGUACCACCUAGUAUCAGGCGUCGACGCCUCCUCUUCUGCCACGCUUGCGACAUACAUCACGAGCCUGUCGUAUGAAAUUGAACAGGGAUCCGCUUGGCUUGGUAGUAAGGCAUCUUUCCGCAUUAAAGGUGGCGUGUUUUGCUGCUACAAUGCAUUUUCGCGCUUGGACUUGCGGGUCGAAGUGUGCAUUCCAGGCAGUGUACAGACAUAUACAGUGAAUGCACGCGGCGAGCGCGGGAAUGCAACACCCGAAAUCUGGCAGGAGACAUACUUGUCGGCAGUACUGCGCGCCAUCUUGUACGCCGACCACCCGACGUACUCGCUUCUUGGGUAUCGCAAACUCAAUCCGUUUCCUACGCCUGACCACGAAAUGCGCUUCAUCAUGGCAGCUGAAAACUUAUUCUUCAAGGGCUGGCAGCUGGGCAGCGAUCCGGAAAUUCAGGUCGCUACAAUCGUGUACAACCAUCUGUCGGCUGGCAUCCUCCGGUACUUUGGUGGUCUGUCGCGCUACGAACACGCCGUAAAUCUGUUUGAGAAGUUGUGGUCUCGAGAGCCUGAGGUUGCCGCGCUUGUGGCACGCUCGUACCUCUACAUUAAUGAAGAAAUCAAGGCCGUUCAGAUCAUGCACCAGGCCCUGCAGCUGAACCCACACAACUUUGCCGUGCUACAUGUCCAAAUCGACUUUUUAUGCGCCAAGGGCCAGGUACAGUGGGCGGUGGAACUGGCUAAACAGGCGGUACGGUGUGCGCCAAGUGAGUAUGUGACGUGGGCGAAGCUUGCGGAGUGUCACAUCAAAGCGGGCAACUGGGCUGAGGCGCUCCUAACCCUCAACUCAUGCCCGAUGUUUACAUACGCCGAGCCCGACUUGCACCGCAUUCCACCCGCAUCUCGGACACAUCUGCCAAUCCCACGACUUGCGCUGCAAAGCAAGCUACUAGAGGAAGAUCCGACGUCCACUGCCGAUGCCGACCCUGCGCUCUUACGUCUACCAGCCCCUGCUUUGCGCGGCACAUUUGCUAGUGCCUAUGCCAUUCUCACAAAGCUUGUUCAUGCUUUGGGCUGGGACGACUUGCUUAAAUAUCGCUCGCAGGUAUUUGUCAUGGAAGAGGAGUAUCGCAAUCCACAACCCAAAGAGCAGGCGGAUCAGCCAGGAGAGUCAAAUGAGCGCGGCGAUCACUGGCUUACCUUCACGGAUAAGAGACUGUGUGAGCGCUGGCUCGAUAAUCUGUUCAUGGUGCUGUAUGAGGACCUGCGAAUUUACACCAUCUGGCGCGCCGAGCAAGGUCAUUACGAUGCACAGUCGUUACCAUACGAGCGCACCGGCAAUGAUUGGGAAAUUCUAGGCGAGCUAGCCCUCCGUCUGCAUCACCCCACAGAAGCAUACGAUGCGUUCGUGCAUUGCAUUCAGGCCAAGUUCAGCGCUAAGGCGUACAUGUACCUACUAGAGCACUUUACCGAGACGCUAGACGUCGAAAAGGCACUGUCGGCGGCUAUGCAUCUCGCAGCAUAUCAACACCGCUGGUACGGUGAUCACGUCUACCCUAGCAAAGUCGGCCAAUGCAUCUUCCACCUUAUAAGAGCCGAGGGACUGGGCAAGGUUUCCAACACACUGAUAUCCAUGAAACCACGUCCUGCUACACUCCACAUCAUGCAACGGUAUUUUGCCUAUGCGCAAGAGUUCCGUUUAGUCGGCUCCGAUACAUAG